GGCGGCUGCGGCUGCAGUUUAAAUUAAUGUCAACCUGCCUGUUAGCCGGGAGAACAAACUGAGCGCACUUAGCGAAGCUUGGCCGCUCCUCACACACCGACAUGGCUCGGCGGCCGAGAAACAGUGUUUACAGUAGUGAGGAGGAUGAGGAGGAGACCGAGAUGUAUGACCAUGAUUAUGAGGGAUCCAUCAACAAGGCGGGGAAACGCCACCUGGGCAAAACACGCUGGACACGAGAAGAGGAUGAGAAGUUGAAGAAACUUGUUGAGGUCCAUGGAUCUGAAGACUGGAAAGUCAUUGCAAGCUUACUAUCAAACCGCACAGAUGUGCAGUGUCAGCACCGGUGGCAAAAGGUUCUCAACCCAGAACUCAUCAAAGGCCCUUGGACCAAAGAAGAGGACCAGAGGGUGAUUGAACUCGUCCAGAAGUACGGAGCUAAGCGCUGGUCGGUGAUCGCCAAACAUCUGAAGGGCCGCAUUGGCAAGCAGUGCCGUGAGCGCUGGCACAACCACCUGAACCCGGAGGUGAAGAAGACAUCGUGGACAGAGGAGGAAGACCGAAUCAUCUACCAAGCGCAUGAGAAACUAGGCAACCGCUGGGCGGAAAUCGCCAAGCUGCUCCCCGGCAGGACUGACAAUGCCAUAAAGAAUCACUGGAACUCCACCAUGAGGCGGAAGGUGGAACAGGAAGGCUACCUUCAGACAACGUCAAAGAGCACCAGCUCGCCCCUGUCCAUCAGCCAUACCUACAUCAAGACCCCCAACCACAUCAUCGGUUUCCCCACCCACUCGUCCAAUCACACGCCGUUGCCUCCUGUAUCGCCGCUCAACUACACAUACAUCUCCGACACACACCGAGUGCCGUUCCCGAUGGCCUUGCAGCUGAACAUUUUGAACAUUCCCCAGCAUGGAACUGCUGCUAUACAGAGACACUAUAGUGAGGAGGACCCCGAGAAGGAGCAGAGGGUGAAGGAGAUCGAGCUGCUGCUCAUGUCGGCGGAGAACGAGCUGCGAGGCCAGCCAUCACUACCACCAAUCAGUUUGUCGUAUCCCAGUUGGCUCAGCCAAAGCUCCGUGACUGACAGCUCAGAGGGCGUGGCUUUGUCAUUACCUCGCUAUCAGGCUGCUGCCCCUGCCCUGCCUGUUGACCAGGGGUGCCUCCCAGAAGAGAGCGCCUCCUCGACACGCGCACACAACAACAAUAACAAUAACAACAACACUCGCCACCAGCACGGCAGCACGGCAUUCUCAAAUACGAUGCCAGAGUUCAUGGAAUCCGUCAUUGAUUCAUUUCUCAACCCAGAACACUCAGAUAGCAACAGUCUACCAAUGAGCCCGCCCGCAGACUCCAAGCACCUGAUAGACCCGGCCCUCCACCGUAACCACACCAUCAGGGCUCAGAAGGAGAAUGAAAUAUUAAGAACUUCCAACAUGCGACGGUCCAUGUUAGAGUCCUCUUCGCAGACUCCAGCUCCUUUCAAGUCGGGCCUGAGCUUGCAGGAGAACAAAUAUGGACCCCUUAAACUACUGAAUUCCCCAAUGAAUCACUUGAUAGUUGAGUCAAUUAAACAGGAGCCUAUGGAGUGCGCCAUUGAGCCGCCGCCUCUGAAGAAGAUAAAACAAGAGGUGGAGUCCCCUUGUGAGCGGAGCCUGUGCAUGCAGUGGGAAGGACAGGACCUCCACAAGCAGCUCUUCUCGCCCACUGACCCGGCUCAGGAGGUACCGGACCUACUUACAAGUUCGUUAUUGCAUGAAGAUGGGCAUAAAACCUACAACCUUACUCACAGGGCCAUGGGUAGCCCACCACAGCAGCAGCUCACUUCUUGGGAACAAGUGACUUGUGGGAAAACGGAGGAGCACAUUUUGGCGUCCGAGCAGAGCUACAAGUACAUCAACACUUAUCCUACAAGGACGCUGGUCAUGUAGCCGCAGACUCACGCUGAUCUGGAAACAUUAACGUUCCUGCACUGGACGCAGCACAGUGCAUUUCAUAUUUGUUGUGGUACAACAGUUGGGAGAGGCUUCAAGCCAUCUGUGUUUCUACACUCACACUUGUUGGAUUCAAACCAACCAAAGACUGUUCUUUUUUUAAACUGUUAUUUUGAUGGAUAAUUUUCUUUGGGUUUAUUUUAUAUAUAAAUAAUGCCUAUUCUGGUCUUGUCCUUGUAUUAACAAUGUUGUAUUAUAAAUGGGAAAGGGUGGCUAUAUAAUUUACAUUGGGCUGUAUUAUUAAUUCUGAUUUUUGAUAUUAAUAUAAAGAACAACUUAAUUUAUUGGUUUUAUUUUACUGAUUACCUUUUUCUGUUUUAUUAAUUGGCCAAUGGCACAGUGUUUUUAACUUAAGUAUUUCAAACCCUGUUAUAGCAUUAUCGCAUAUCAAAAGGUAUAUUAAGAAUUUCAGAAAUUGACGUCUGUAUUUCAGUCACGAAGCUUUUCACGCAAAUACAAGCUACAGCCAUAAUUGUUGUUACAUCGGGAUUGAAAUGAUCGUGUUUUGCUCGCAGGAUAAAUGGUUACCUGUGUUUAGUAUUACCAGAUUGGCGUUUGUUUGUUUGUAUUGUUUUUGCCAGUGAAAAUUAAGUUCAUUUCAAUGUUCAAUUUCUGGUCAUCACAGCAUCCUGUAGAGGAAAACAUUUACUGAACAAACAUUAUUUUUGUUAAUAUACAGUAUAUUUAUAUAUAAAACUCCAAAGUGACCUUACAUAUGUGAAACCAUGAGCUUCACCCAGUAAGAGUAACGCCAAGCUGCACUUGAAUUUUACCAUCCACACACAAAACACUGAUAUUUUUUUUGUUGUGCUACAAACAAAAGCCCAAUGAAACUUUUGUAUGAUUGUUUUUAUACAUUUCUUUUUCUAGUUUGUAUUAUUCUGUGAUGCAUAUUCAACAAGACUGCAGUAGCUCAUGUCAAACACUUAGCAGACAAUCUUUUUUUUAUACAUUUUAUGCCUUUUUUUUUAUACUAGAUUCUGCGCAGUGAUGUUUUAUACGUUCCAAGUUUUCAUGUGUUUUUGUACUUUUGUAUACUGCCUAGUAAAUAAAGUGUUGAUUUUAUUA